UGGUAUAUUUGUUGUGAUUUCAUUUGAUAGCGGAGGUGAAUCAGCUGAACGUGAGUCAUAGCUGGAAAACGGUUCAAUUUUUAUCAUCUUUAUAAAUAAAGUGAAGUGACAGUAAAUAUAAAGGCUUCGUUCGCUCUGUCUGCGGCGACUGAUUCGGUAAAUUUGUGACAAUAACAGACGUUAAAUGUUUAAUGUUCAACAUUAGCAAACCGAGGAAGUUACCGUUCUUUUUUUUUUUACGGAAAGCAGGGUGGCUAAAGAGCAACUGAACAGCAUCAACACACGGACUGCCUUGCUGUCCGUCAGUCCUCUGGAGUAAAUCUGAUUAAAGAAGUAGGGGGAGGAGGAGGAGGAAACCCAGCAGGCAGAAAGACAGCAGGACGGCCAGAAUUCACGAUGCCUCUGUUCUUCAAGAAGAAGAAACCCAGCGAUGAAUCCCAGAAGAGGCUGGAGUAUCAGCUGUGUCGGUCAAAGGAAGCCGGUGCUGAUGACAUUCUGGACAUUUCAUCCUGUGAGCUCUCAGAUGUUCCUUCAAGUGCCUUUUCCAUGUGCAAGGUGCUGCAGAAAAAGGUCCUUAUCCUUCAUACCAACGAGCUGAGAUCAUUGGUGCCCAAAGGAUGUGACAUCAACAAUCUCUCCACUUUAAAGGUUUUGGACCUGCAUGAUAACAAGCUCAGCUCACUCCCAGACGACAUCGGGAAGCUGACGUCUCUGCAGAUCCUGAAUGUGGAGAAGAACCGUUUAAAGUCUCUGCCGGACUCCAUUGCUGACCUGAGGCUACUGCAGACUCUUAAUCUGAAAGGUAACUCUCUGAGCGAGCUCCCAGCUGUGAUCGGUUCUCUGAGCAGCCUGCGGACUCUGGAUGUGAGCGACAACAACAUCACCGAGCUGCCCAAAGCUGUGGCGUACAUCAGAACACUCGAGAGCUUCACCCUGGAUGCUGCCAUAAUGUCUUAUCCUCCUUCAUCUGUGUGCACAGAGGGAACGGAGAGCAUACAGCGCUUCCUCUGCAGUGAGCUUGGUGAGGAGUAUUGCCCUCCGUCUCAGUACCUCCUUCCUGUGCUGGAGACCGACUGUGGCAAACAGAAUACUGACUGUCUGGAUGGUCUGGAGGAGGCCUGGCAGAACAAAUUCAGUGACUACGAGAAAAGAAAGGAGCAAAAGCACCAGGAGAAACUCGCCUUUGAGCGUCAUCUGGAGGAGAAGCAGAAGGAGCACACGCAGCUUCUUCUCAUGAACACCUCACGCAAAGAAAACAUGCUCAACUCAGUGAGACAGGAGCAGGAGCGUGUUGAGCAGGGUGUCUCUCAGCAGCAGCGAGCUCAGGAGGCCGAGAGGCUGCUGGUCCUGGAGAGAGUCCGAUUUGCUGAAGACACCAUCAGCAGCCGCAUCAGCAACAUGCUGAUGGACAAAAACAGGCAGAAAAAGAGUGCCGAAUUUCUCCAGGCGAUGGAGGAAGACCGGAUCCGCAUGGAACAUCUGACUGCCAUCACACAGGAAGAGACCAAUUCACUGAGGAAGAGGGAGGUGGCAGCGGCGAUGCAGAAGAUGCUGUCAGACAGCUGUGCUAUGACUCUCCUUCAGGAGGCUAGCGACUUCCGCAGAAAGAGCCUGGUGUCUGAGGCGUACAGGAGUAUGGAGAAUAUGGACAGGAAGUUUGAUAAGAUGCUGUCGCUCCAGGUUUUGGAUAAAUCAAAGGCCAUUGCUCAGAUUUUACAGGAGGAGGAGAUGCAGAAGGCUGCUUUCCAGGCCCUGCAGCUGCAGAAAGACGCUGUGCACGGAUACAUUCGCAACCAGAUAAGACUCAUAGAGGGUGAGUUAAUGCAGCUGACUAAACUGGAGAUUAAAAGACGAAAUCUGGACGCUGAGAACCUGCAGGAGGUUCUGGUGGAUCAGCGUACGGCUCUUGGUGACUUGUUGCAGCAGCUGCUGAAGCAAAGAGACCAGAGAGAGCAGGAGCUACGGGUGAUUCUGGCGGAGAUGGAGCAGAAGUCUGAGUCCAGCCAGCAGAAUUACUGGAUGAUUCAGUAUCAGAGACUUCUGGAUGCCAAGCCACUCUCAUUGCGCAUGCAGGAAGCGGGCGUGGAGAAAGAGUUGGUGAACCUGCUGUGUAAACUGUCUGCUCAGCACUAUCUGCCCAUUCUCGCUCAUCACCGUGUGACGACAGAGGCGCUGCGUCACAUGAACUCCUCCGACCUCAAGAAGCUCGGCAUUACUGAAAUAGGAAUCCAGAAAGCUCUCCUGAAAUGGGCUCGAGAUCACAUAUCUGAAGGAGCCUGUAAGGUGGCCCCAGAGGACGUGGAGCCUGAAGUCGUACCCUCAGCUCCGUCUCCCUCCACCCCUCCAUCGAUUCCCGCCACCCCAACCAUCCACAUCCCCAGCCCUCCUCCCUCCCCGGGGACUCCAGUCACCCCGUCAGCUCCCAGUCCUGUGGAGGGACCGGGGAGCUCUGAAUGUGUGGUCUGCAUGGAGACGGGGUCUCAGGUCAUCUUCCUGCCCUGCGGUCACGUCUGCUGCUGUCAGGUUUGCAACGAUGCCCUGCAGAACUGCCCUCUGUGUCGGAGCAACAUAUCUCAGCGUAUUCGCCUCUACCACAGCUGAAUCCCUCCUCUUCAUCCUCUUCAUCUGACCACAGCUCUCUGUACUCGUGCAUGAUAAUGAAGCUGCUGUGAGCAAACCCAUCAUGUAGAAGAGCUUCUAGCUGAGCCACUUUUUCCUGUAUUAACCAAACAGUACGGCAUGUAUACACUAUAUUGCCAAAAGUAUUCGCUCACCUGCCUUCACUUGCAUAUGAACUGAAGUGACAUCCCAUUCUUAAUCCGCAGGGUUUAAUAUGACGUCAGUCCACCCUUUGCAGCU